AUGUCCACCACUAUCCGGCAGUACACCUCCUCCUCUUGCGUGAAGGGGCCUUCCUUCGGUGGGGGCUCCGCUCGACUUUCCUCCAGCCAUUUUGGUGGGGGAUACAGAGCCCCCAGCAUCCAUGGUGGGGCAGGUGGUCUCUCCCUCUCUUCCUCCCGCUAUGUCUCCGGAGUAAGCAGUGGCUUUGGUGGUGGCUAUGGAGGCAGCAGCUACUGCAGCAGCUUUGGUGGGGGCUUUGGGGGAGGCUUUGGAGGCGGCCUGGGGGGCAGCUUUACUGUUGCGGGCGAUGGCCUGCUGGCAGGAGGCGAGAAGGAAACCAUGCAGAACCUGAACGACCGCCUGGCUGCCUACCUGGAGAAGGUGCGGGCGCUGGAGGAAGCCAACACAGAGCUGGAGGUGAAGAUCAGGGAGUGGUACAAGAAGCAGGGACCUGGUCCACAGCGAGACUACAACUGUUAUUUCAGGACUAUUGAGGACCUGAAGAGCCAGAUCCUUUCUGCCAAUGCUCAAAAUGCCAGCAUCCUCUUGCAGAUUGACAAUGCUAAGCUGACUGCAGAUGACUUCAGAACUAAGUUUGAGACUGAGCAUGCCCUGCGCCUGAGUGUUGAGGCUGACGUCAACGGCCUUCACAGAGUCCUGGAUGAACUAAACCUGACCAGAUCUGAUCUGGAAGUGCAGAUUGAGAAUCUGAAGGAGGAGCUGACUUACCUGCAGAAGAACCAUUUGGAGGAAAUGAAUAUUCUCCGAAGCCAGAUAGGUGGAGAAAUUACAGUAGAAAUGGAUGCUGCUCCUGGGGUGGACCUGACCAAGAUCCUGGCAGAGAUGCGCGAACAGUAUGAAAAAAUGGCAGAGCAGAACCGCAAAGAUGCCGAGCAGUGGUUCUUCGCCAAGACUGAGGAGCUGAAUCAGGAAGUUGCCAUCAACACAGAGCAGUUGCAGAGCGGCAAGUCGGAAAUCGUAGAAUUGAAACGGGUUCUUCAAAACUUGGAAAUAGAACUACAGAGUCAGCUCAGCAUGAAAGCAGCACUGGAGGGCACCUUGGCGGACACCGAAGGCCGCUACGGUAUGCAGCUGGCCCAGCUCCAGGCCCUGAUCAGCAGCGUGGAGGAGCAGCUGGCCGAGCUGCGGUGUGACAUGGAGCGCCAGAACAACGAAUACAAGAUCCUCCUAGACGUCAAGACCCGCCUGGAGCAGGAGAUCGCCACCUAUCGGCGCCUGCUGGAGGGAGAGGAAACCCAUAUUUCUACUCAGUACGCAUCGGCUAUCAGAGAGGGGCCGAAAACCACCCACCAGGUUCGCACAAUCAUCGAGGAGGUUCAAGAUGGAAAAGUGAUCUCCUCCCGUGAACAGGUCCGCGUCUCUGCACCUUAAGGCUACUGUUUGGACCCCCCUGCUUUUCCCCUCCUUGGUGAUGCUGCUCUGUCAUUCCCUGGGGGCUCCACUGCCUGCCGCCCACAAUUCAA